CCUUUAGUAAUUAGGUGGUGAGCGAAGCGAGCCACCGUGCCCGAAGCGUGGCGAGCGUACUUUUCGGGUACCCUGUUCGCCCGUAGCUCCUCCCCCUGGUGACGUAGCUCCUCCCCUCAAUACGUCACAAGGUCCCUUCAGCCCCUCCGAUAUAGAACCAACCGCUACCCUAACAAUACACAGCCUAUGAGCUGCAGCACGCCGCCGACACGACCGGCCACAUCCCACUCACCUGUCGCGUCGGUGCCAACCAUGGUCACCGACAACCGGUAAGCGCGCACCGGCCGCCAGCAGUCAGUCAGCAGUGCUACACUCCGGAUCCGUACUCUCUGAAUUAAUAGAAAGCUCCCGCCAUGAGCAAGGGGGGCGGGGAGUUCAGGCCAGGCACGCAGCUGAUUGCUCGACUCUUCGCAAACGAGAUCCUGUAGUCCAAUAGCCGCGUCCCGAUGGACGUCUGACGGCAAAGGGCGGGGUUACAGCUGCCGAAUGUCAGUCCCAGUCAGUCAGAACGUCACACAGUGGCGCUUGAGCGUGUAAUGGAAGCUGCUCGCUGCUGGUAAUAACAAUUAAUGAUAAGACGGCUCUCUGUGUGGGGGGACAGGUAACACCGGCCGGGCGGCAGCUCACCGCCGGUUACGGCUUGCAUGUGGUUUGAAUAACACCAUUUGUUAGUUAAAGUCACAUACCAAAACCAUCUGAAGAUAAGGCUGUAAAGGACCACAUUCUGACCAGCAAAGUACAAUUUACAGCGUAUAGCUUGCAAUAUUUAAAGGUCAGAUAUACCUUAGAACAUGGAUGAAUUUCAACUAUCACUGAAAGGUUUAUUUUUUGAUGGACUAUCUACAGAAGAAAGUUUGGAUGAGCAAGGCAUGAAGAGAUGGCUUCAAGCACCAGCGCCUAGUGUUGAUGAUAUUCCUGAGAGUCAAGAUCUGCAAAAGGAGAUAACAAGCAUUAAGUCAGCAGCAGAGAUACGAAAGAGAAGAAAGUUUAUCCCACCAUUAAAGAAGGCAAAUGUAUUAGAAAUCAGCCCUCCAGGAACAUAUGCUUCCCAGCGUGGGACUCAUUUUAACAAAACAGUGACACCAAACACAGGAAAUACAUGUGCAGAGAAUGUGACAUUAACAUAUCCCUGGUUUUCAUGUGACAAUGAAGGUCAGAGCACAGAUUGUCUUACCACUGAACUGAAACAGAAUCUUCCACAAAGUCAAGAUAUCUAUGACAAUUCAAGCUUGUUUCGAAAAAGCUUGUUUAAGCAGCAUGAUGAUUUAUUCCAAUUUGAAGACAGAGAACUGCUAACAGAGAAUACAGUAUCACCCAAUGCUCUGAAAUCCAUUGAAGAAUCUGAAAAAUCCAAUUAUAGCGAACCCUUCUCCCAAAAUUUAACAUGCAACAUUAAUGAUACUGACGAUUCUAUGCCCAACACCGGCUUAGACGAAGAAACAAUUUCUCAUCCCCUGUCUUUAAAACUGCAGAGUGGAAAAGCUGAAACUGAAUGUGGGAUCCUUAGGUCUAUCUCUGAAAUUCCUAAACAAUUUCGCAAUAUUUUUAAAGAAUUUCCCUAUUUUAAUUACAUACAAUCAAAAGCCUUGGAUGAUCUUCUGUAUUCAGAUAAAAAUUUUGUGAUGUGUGCUCCAACGGGGUCUGGAAAGACAGUGAUUUUUGAAAUUGCAAUUGUUCGACUACUAAUGGAAGCACCAGCUCCUUGGAUACAUGUUAAAAUUGUAUACAUGGCACCCAUUAAAGCUUUAUGUGGGCAAAGAUUUGACGAUUGGAAAGAGAAAUUUGAACCCAUUGGACUGAUUUGUAAAGAGCUCACAGGAGAUACAGGGGUAGAUGACUUGUUUGAAAUUCAGUAUGCUCACAUUAUCAUGACCACUCCUGAAAAAUGGGAUAACAUGACUAGGAAAUGGAGAGACAAUACCUUGGUUCAACUUGUACGUCUGUUUCUUAUAGAUGAGGUGCACACAGUGAAAGAUGAAAGCCGAGGAGCAACUCUUGAAGUUGUUGUCAGCAGAAUGAAAACAAUACAGGUUUCGCUUUCUCGAGCCAUGAAAACUACAGAAGUGCGUCUACCAAUGCGAUUUGUGGCAGUUUCAGCAACAAUUCCUAAUGCUGAGGAUAUUGCAGAAUGGCUGUCAAAUGAAAAGCAUCCUGCUAUAUGUAUGAAAAUGGAUGAAUAUCACCGACCAGUGAAACUACGCAAAGUAGUUCUGGGAUUCCCUAGUGGCAGUAAUCAAACAGAAUUUAAAUUUGACCUAUCCCUUAAUUAUAAAAUAGCAGGUGUUAUACAGACCUACUCAGAUCAGAAGCCAACACUUGUGUUCUGUGCCACCAGGAAAGGUGUCCAGCAAGCAGCUUCUAUCCUUGCAAAGGAUGCAACAUUUAUCAUGAGUGUUGAACAUAAACAGAGGCUUCAGAAAUCUGCUAAUGGUAUAAAAGAUGCAAAGCUUCGAGAUCUGCUGCUUUAUGGUGUUGGAUAUCACCAUGCUGGUGUGGACGUAUCUGAUAGGAAAAUAGUUGAAGGAGCUUUUACAGUGGGAGAUCUGCCAGUACUGUUUACCACCAGUACUUUGGCUAUGGGCGUUAACCUCCCAGCUCAUUUGGUUGUUAUAAAAUCAACCAUGCAUUAUGCUGCAGGAAUGUUCCAGGAAUAUAGCGAGACAGACAUUUUGCAGAUGAUUGGAAGAGCUGGUAGACCACAGUUUGAUACUACAGCCACAGCAGUUAUCAUGACAAGGAUAAGUACUAGAGAGAAGUAUGUACAUAUGCUAGGUGGUGCAGAUACUAUUGAAAGCAGCCUGCACAGACAUCUUGUGGAACAUCUGAAUGCAGAAAUUGCCCUGCAUACCAUCACAGAUGUUAACAUUGCUCUGGAGUGGAUAAGAUCAACUUUUUUGUAUAUCAGAGCUCUGAAGAAUCCAUCUCAUUAUGGCUUCCCAGCAGGAUUGGAUAAAGAAGGAAUUGAAGCAAAAUUGCAAGAGCUUUGCUUGAAAAAUCUAAAUGAUUUAUCAUCUGUUGGUUUGAUUAGAAUGGAUGAAGAAGUCAAUUUUAAACCUACAGAAAGUGGUAAGCUGAUGGCAUCAUACUAUAUUGCCUUUGAUACGGCAAAACUGUUCUACAGUAUUCAUGGGACAGAGUCUCUGACUGAACUGGUCACAAUGAUAUCUACGUGUAAUGAAUUCUCAGAUGUACAACUCAGAGCAAGUGAGAAGAAAUUACUGAAUACAUUGAAUAAGGAUAAAAACCGAGUAACCAUUCGGUUUCCAAUGGAAGGGAAGAUCAAAUCCAGAGAAAUGAAAGUGAACUGUCUUAUACAGGCCCAGUUUGGAUGUAUCCUAGUUCAAGAUUUUUCUCUAACACAAGAUAUGGCAAAGAUUUUCAGACAUGGCACACGCGUGACCAAAUGUCUAGCUGAGUUCCUGGCAUUGCAAGAAACUAAAUUCCGUGCAUUUCUCAAUGCAUCAAUUUUAGCCAAGUGCUUCAGAUGCAAAUUAUGGGAAAAUUCAUCACAUGUAUCCAAGCAAUUGGAGAAAAUUGGUGUCACACUGGCUAAUGCAAUGGUAAAUGCUGGGCUUACAUCAUUUAAGAAGAUAGAAGAUAUGAAUGCCAGAGAACUGGAACUGAUUGUGAACAGACACCCUCCAUUUGGAAAUCAAAUAAAAGAAUCUGUGAUAUAUCUUCCAAAGUAUGAACUUGGCAUUGAGCAGACCUCAAGAUAUAGUCCUACGGUAGCCGAAAUUGUUGUCACCAUAAUGUUAAAAAACUUUGAGCAGCUACAGAAGAGAAGAACAGCACCUGAUUUUCAUCAUGUAACACUCAUUAUCGGAGACUCUGAUAACCAAGUUGUCUUCAAGCAGAGAAUUAUGGAUUCUGUUCUGCUAAAAUCAGGAACUUGGGCAAGAAAAAUUGAAAUUAAAAGAUCUUCUACAUCAGAGGAGCUUAGUGUAAAUCUGAUAAGUUCUGAGUAUGUUGGCCUUGAUAUUCAGCAAAACGUCAGUGUUUUCUAUGUGGGGCCCCAGAGAGUUAGAGCAGUUGUGGGAGAUGAAUGGAAAUCUGAAAAUUCUAUUUCAAGCAAAAACACUGCCACGCUUAACUUUGGCUGCCUCAACUUGCAGACAAUAAUAAAAUCUAGGAUGAGAGAAUGUAAUCAUCACUGCAAAAAUAAGGAAGCCUGUGGACAUGAAUGCUGUAAAACUGGAGUUUCUCACAAGGCUGACAAUAAAACUAAUUCAAACUUCUCUUCAUAUCUAAGUGAUCUAAGGAGUCGAAAUUCAGUUUCAUCAGCUCCACCAGUAAAGAGACUAAAGAUGCAGAUGCAAAGUGAGGCAAAAAGCAUGAGUCUACAGAAGUUUGUCUUCAAACCUAAAGGUCCUAUGACAGCCUUUUCUCGGUAUACACAUCUGACAGCUCCUGAACAAGCAGUAUUGCAACAAGAACCUUUUCAUAGUACAAGAAGUUAUACAGAACAACCACAAGAUGGCGCACCAGGAUGCUCGUAUUCUGGAAACAAAGUUUGUGAAAACCAGCAAAGUGGAAAUAUAGUAAAGUAUCACAGUAAUGUGAAACAUGCCGACCGAUACAGCUCAUGGUUGCUGGAACCAGUAAAUGUGUCAUUUGAUCUAGGAAAUGACAUCUGGGAUGAAUUUGAUGAUGACAACUUGUUGGAUGCCAGCAACUUUCAAACAGAAACACCUGUUUUAGGUACCAAAACCGUGUUAUGUAAUAAGAGUCAUUCAGAAGCAAAAUUUUCAUCGCCCACAGAACAGAAAGAGAACAAUUUAAAUUCCAUUCAUCCAAUAAAAUAUUCUCAUUUAGGAAUCAGUUCUGACAUUAAUAUCCAUAAAUAUGUACCUUCCUUGGGUACAGAAACAUUAAAUUACAGACAACAUGGAAACAAAAUUGACACUGCUCAUAAAGCUGAACAAUAUUUGGGGAAGAGUGAAUGUAGCCGUGAGUUCUCUACACUGAAUUCCUCAUACAAAGUCGGUAACCCUGGUGACUUUUUUGUCAAUAAUAAUACAGGCCAUGGAAGUGACAACCAGGAUGAAGAUACUCAGGCGUUUAUUGGAAUAUUUGAUGGAAUUUUUUAAAAAUACCAGAGAUUUUACACCAAGUCAUGUGGAGAAAUGAAUGUUCAGAUUCAACUUUAUACAUUUUCCCAGUUCUUUUUCAAAAUUGAACUUUACAGACAGUGUAUUUUGCGCGUUACUAUUAUUUCUUUGUGAACGUCAUUGUAUUAUACUGUGUAUUUGUUGUUUUGUACAUAUUACCAUAUUUCACACUAGUCUAUCUUUUAUUCUUUUCAACGCUUCAGAAGGCUUAAUUCCAGUGUUAUUUUUGACUACUUUUUAGGUUGGAACAUCCAUGCAACUUUUUAAAACCUCGGCUCUAAUGAAACAUAUAAAGUGAAUAGUGGAAAUGUUUAUUUUAGAAUCCUUCUGAAAGUAUCACAUAUCACAAUAUUCUACAUUUUGUGCAAAUGACACUCUCAGGUUUAAAAACUCAAUUACAGUUUAAAUACUAACGUUAGGAAAACAGUUGGUUUUACUCCUUCAGUAAUUAAUCUGAUAGGGAUUAUUUGAGAAAAUGGAAUAUAUAGAAAAAAACAUAUAUUGCCUGUUAGUACAUAUUUGGGAUAAAUGUCAUUUAAAGAGGUUAUAUAUUUGGAUGUUGUUUGUAAUAUAUGGGCUGUGUUUAUCUUUUUCACCGUGAAAUUAAGGUGUAUCACUUUAUUCUAACUUCUCCUUCUCAUUGCUCGUGUUCUCGUUCUGUUUACCUCUCAUCAACCUUAUUAGCAUGCUGACAAUAUUUUGAACUGCAUAUUGAGGUGUGUCUGUCUUAGUGCAUACUCUGAUUUAGGGGUUUUGAUCAAGUGUCAAUGGUUAGUGGCCAUUGAUUGUUCAUGGUCGAUGGUUUCACCAACGAUAGAAGAGGUAUGGUGCUGCUUAUUACUGACUAAGGUCGAUGGUCAUAAAUCAUUGAUCAUCUAUGACGUGUGCCUCAAUUGACAACCCUACUUUCAUUCAGCAAUGGCUGUACACGGAUCAGACUCAGAGGGUUGGUAUUGAUAUACCGGCACACAGGAUCACGGCGGUCAGAUUGGCGACAGUGGCAUCCCGAUGGUCAAAAUCCUGAUGGAUCCUAGUAUUUUAACCGUAACCCUAAUCAUAAUCCUAACCCUCACGCAGCCUAACCCUAACUCACCCUAACCAUCCCCUCCUGCAGCCUAACCCUAUCCCUCCCCUCCUGCAGCCUAACCCUAACCCACCCUAACAUCCCCCCUGCAGCCUAACCCUAGUGCCUAACUUUAAACCUAACCCCAGUACUUCCAUCAGGAUUCUAACUGUUGGAAUACCGCUGUUGGCAUUCUAAACAUUGGGAUCCUGACUAUAAGGAUAUUAACUGCAUUCUGACUCUUACAGUUCCUCCCCAUCCCCUUCAUCAAAGAAAGUUCCUACACCAAUCAUGAAGAAGGAGAAAACUCGCUUGUGAUUGGUGAAUGGAUACCUUUUAAUGUAAGGGAUUGUGGUAUACGGUGUGAACAGAGCAUGACUGAUAGCUCUUAAUCUGAUCUGUGGCAGUGCUAUGGAUUUUCAGCAAGCUAAAGAAGUUGUUAGCAAUGUAUGCAAAAAUAUAAGCAGAUAUUCCUGAAAAGAGGUGGUGAUACCCAGUGAGUGACAAACAUAAAGUAUAAAUAGAGGUGACGAGAGGGUGGGUGCUCACAACUGACCACUCCCAUUAAAAGUACCAGGGCCCAAAACUUUUCAUGGCAGCCCUGUAUAUAUACACACAGGAUUACAUAAUAUUGUGAAUAUAUAUUGCAAUGUACUGUACUUUUUUGUAUAACAUAUUUAACAAAAGUAGCAGUUAAAUAUCCUUCUUUACAAUGUGUUACCUACUUAGUGCUCUUUUCAAAAAGUUACCAGAUACUAUUAGAAAAUAAACACAGCCAAUUUACUGUUAUUCAACUGUACUGUGAGCAAUAUAUAAUAAGUAUCGCUAUUAAUUCUAAUAUAGACUAGCCUUGUCUUUAUGCACAAAGCCGCAACUGUCUUUGUGGAAUUAAACUUCUAUAUAAAUUGCAAUUACUAAAAUCAAUCAAUGAAACCCAUCUUUGGUAUAUUCAUACAUGCCGGAUACAUGCCAUAUACUGUAUAUGUAUUUCCUAAUGUGUCUGUUUAUUUGAAACAUCCAUUUAUUAAAAUAGAAUUGAUAAGCAUAUUACUUUCAUUGCUAGCAUUAACAUAGAAACACAUUGUUCUAAUUUUCACCUGUAUCUAAAUAAAUAGUCAUCUCACCACAUGUAUGCAACAGAAAACCACAAUAAAGUAACUUUCAAGUGUUAA